CGUCCGCGGACACGUCACCAUCACGAUGAGAAUUGAUGAUCGGACGUUCUGAUUUCAUUGUCUGGUGAAGGGGGGGCGACCGGCGGAGGAAUCUGCUGAAUUCAGGAAACGUUCGUGAGAUUUUUAGACAUCCAACAUGCCACAUUACCCAGCAGUGUGCCAGGUACACUGAGACACGAUGAGUACAAUCCAACUUGUGCUUAUCUAGAAACAUGGAGGUUUUGCUGUGAUCCACACGGCUGCCCCGUUCCCCUCCAGUGGCAGAAUGGAUGCAUGGGCACAGAGGCGCGGCCUGCAUACUAUGAACCUGCGCUCAGUGUUUACGGCUGAACAGCAGAGGAUCCUGGAGCGUUACUAUGAUAACGGGAUGACCAAUCAGAGCAAGGCCUGCUUCCAGCUAAUACUGCAGUGUGCUCAGGAGUCCAAGCUGGACUUCAGCGUGGUCCGGACGUGGGUUGGCAACAAAAGACGUAAGCUCGCCUCCAGGGUAGAGCAGAAUGGAGGCAUGUCUCAUUCCUUAUCCGGUCACGGACUCGCUGGGGGGUUACUCUCCAAUCACCCGUUAGCCGGAGGUCCACUGUCCAAUCACGGCCUGGCGGCAGGGCCACUGCUCCCCGCUGACCUGGCUGCGGCGCCGAACAUCCAGAAUCGUCUGCACCUCCUCCCCCCGUCCUCGUCCUUCCCCUCCUUCUCGUCGGGAUCUUCCUCCCCUUCCUCUUCCUCUCCCCACAGCAGCGGAAGCAACAACAACAACAACGACGUCAUCCUGACUGGGAUUUACUCCCUCAACUCCGUCCCUCGCUCCCGACAGAGACCCGCGGCGCCCCCAUCUCAGUCAGACUCUAAGCUCUCCGGUCACGCGUCCUCCUCUCUGAUCAGCCGGGCUUCGCAGAGCAGGAGCAGCUACGCCUCCUCGCCCCUCCACUCCAAGCUGGUCUCGCUUUCUCAAAACCUCCCACCCGUCAAAUCUGCCUCAGGGCCUUUAGUCUACACUGCAGUCAGGAAGGGAGCUUUACCCCUCGGGGAGGCAGGGGUAAGUGCAGUAGCAGGGGUCGUACCUCACAGCUGGUCCAGGCAGUACGGUGCAGCGCAAACUCGCCCUUGGUCCUCUUCCUCGAAGCCCCAAACUCAGCCUCAGCCCAGACCUCACUCCAACCCCCAACCUCAACCACCUGCUCCUCAGAAGACGCGGGUCUCCCUCCCAGUGCAAAACGCUGGUCCCUCCCUUGAACAGACACCUCGUAUCCAAGAGGUCUUCACCUUGUCAGAAGGAAGCGAGGGGGACAGACUAAGGUCGAGUCAUGAGUCGACACGAAAAAGCCAGGAGGGGCCCCGUUUCCUUGACGCAAGUCAGAACUUUUCCAUUGCAAUGGAAACCGCAGAUGAAGAAGACGAGUGGCAAAGGGAAGAGGGGCUGGCAAAGAUGGCGGCCCAGACACACCUCCACAGGGAGCGGAUGUCAACUAGCCCAACCGUGGCUGAAGUGUCUGCGGCGAGACGAGGCCCCACGCCGCCUACGACUAGCCCCAGACCCGCACUGCUUCACGGCAACACAACUCUUCAGGGCAGCUACUCCGUCACAGCACAGACCUCACUUACAGGGGAAUCCGGCUCACAGACUUCACUUGGUGUGUCUGCCGGCCCCUGGGUUGUCAGCAACUCCAGAAAGAGAACACUGCAGGAUCGGACCCAGUUCAGCGACGGGGAUCUUCUCCAACUGAAGCGCUACUGGGAUCGAGGCAUGACCAGUCUGGGCUCGGUCUGCAGGGAAAAGAUCACCGCUGCAGCGAACCAACUCAACGUAGACACUGAAAUAGUCAAGACAUGGAUCAGUAACAGACGGAGGAAGUACCGUCUGAUGGGUAUUGAAAUCCCUCCAACCAAAGGUGGGCCCGCUGUAUUCUCAGCCUCUUCCCCAGGAAACGAAUCUCCGAUGGCCCUCAGCCCCGACGAGGAGGGGCUCAGAACGCCCGAACUUGGAGACGACUUGAAUGAUGAUGGUUCUCUCUGCCUGUCUGAAGACGGCACCAUCGAGUCACAGCAUAGAGACGAAGACGACGGGAUAGACAUGUCCACUGCUCCUCCACUGGUUAAUAAUGUGAAGAUUGAAGUAAUUGCUGAGGACGAGGAAUACCAAUACGGAGACGAUGAAGAUGGCGACUUAGUGGCUUCAGAUCUAGAUCAAAUGCAGAACCUUCUGGAAUUCAAGCACGAGGAAGUUCAGUUCUUAGAGAAUGAGCUAGAGAACCUUAAACAAAAAUACGACGAGCUUGCAAGCUUCACUAAUAGCCUGCUCAGCGCAGUGAGGAGCAAUGACAUGGAGAAACAGCAGGAGCUCAUGGCCAGUCUACCUCAGCCUUCAGACCAGGACAUGACGGAGGAGAGAGGAUCGCAGCCAGCUGAUGUGUCAGCGGACGCGUUCUCCAACCACAACGGCUCCCCGAUGGCCGGCUUGAGCGGCGCGGAGCCUCCGCCGGCCACGGCAAAAGAGGAAUUCCCACCGGUCACCAGAAACAAAGACGACACAUCGACUGAAGUUACUGAGCCCUCUGCAUCAGAGGAGCAUCUGCAGGAGGCAGUUACAGAACAAAAGUGACUAUGUCAUGUACAUCAGCUCGCAUAGACUCACACAGAUGUUUCCACACUCCACCAAGAAGAUGGUUUGGACUAUACGGUCUCACAUUAACACAAACACUCCACGCCCAGUGCCUGUGGAUUGACGCUUCACUACGACUGUUGGGCUGACAAAUGCCUUUUUUACCACAUAUCAUCUGCCUUUGCUCCGGACCGGUCCGGAGAGAACAAUAAACAACCUCUAACUUACCUGUGUGGCUGUUGGGUUUCAGUGAGAGAAGUGUCACUAUUCUUAUGUAUCAGCUUAGCAGAUGUAGAAAAAGCACUUUAAAUGUUUUUAAAACCCCAACUGUAAAAAAUAAUAAUGUUCACAUACUGUAGUGGCUGAUGUUU